AAAGAUGUCUGGAUCCAUCGAAUACCAACCACCAGUCUCCUCCAGAGCACACCAAUCUCUACGGCAAUGGAUAAGAAACCGAUGGGGAUGCGUGGUGGUCGUCGCGACGGUUCUAUUUAAUUUCGUGCUGAAUGGACUCUUAUUUAACUACAACCUACUCUUUGUCGCAUUCCAGGAGGAAUUUGAAAGCAGUGCUACAUUGACAGGUUGGGUAGGCGCUCUCCCUCUCGGUAUUUCGCUCAUGAUUGCUCCGUUCGUCAAACUCGCUUCGGAACGCUUCGGCUAUAGAUUGGUAGCCAUCUCCGGCGUCGUUUCGACAUCGACUGGAGUCUUUAUGACGUCAUUCCUUUCUAGUCUCAUACCAAUGUUUGCUACGUUUGGUGUAAUGGCUGGUAUAGGGGCAGGGCUUUUCACAGUGUGUGCCUUUGAUUUAAUAGUCCUGUACUUCCCUGAGAGGAAUACAAUGAGAGCUGUGGCAAUAGCUUCUACGGGAUCUACAACAGCUGUAGAAUGA